GCUUUCCGGGGUCCUCCAGCCCCGCCGCUGCCCCGGGAGCGCAGCCGGGCGGCGCGGGGCACCGGGCGGGCGCGUGCCCUGCCGCCGUGGCCGUGCCCGUGUCCCCGCGUGCGCUCCCGGGUCACUCGCGGGGGUCACCGGCGAGCCCCGUCCGUGUUCUUACGGCGCAGCCAUAUGUCACCACCGGGGCUCGUGUCACCACGGGGGUGGCACCCUGCCGUGUCCCCGCGGGCAGGUGUCCGUGUCCCCGUGCGGGGUCGCGGGGCUCCCCGUGACACAGGUGACGCUGCGGAAACACACGUGUGUCCCGGCAGGGUCACCGGGGCCACUGCCCGGGGCCGCCGUGUCCCUCGGGUGCCACGUGCCCUGGGCUCUGUCCCUGGCCCCGGGGGUGUCCCGGCUGCCCGGCCGGGGAUCCCCCGACCCCCCCCACCGUUUACCCUCUGGGGCUAUUUUCGGGCUCCGCGGGUAUUUUUGGCUUCCCGAUGCGGAGCUGGUUGGGGACGGGCCGUGCCGGUGUCACCCGCCGGGACACCCGAUCCCGGGGGAUGCGGCCGCUGUCCCCAAGCGGUGUUGCACAAGUGGGGUCGGGGCCCUCUUGCUGCAUCAGCCCCGCGCCGUGAGUCAGCCCCGGACAGGUGGGGCCGGACGGUGUCACCCGCGGCCACCGGCCUGGCCGGACAGCGGCUGUGGCCACCGCGGGGGACGCUGGUGACGCGCGGCGCUGCGGGGCGGCGGUGAUGGCGGAGCUGGGAGAGGAGGACCGGGACUACCGGGAGUACCGGCGGCUGGAGGAUUGUGAGGAGGACUCGCCCCCCGGCGAGGAGGAGGAGGAGCAGCUGCUGCUGCACGUCACCGAAGGACCGACAGACUCGUGGCACCACAUUAAGGACCUGGACAGUUUCUUCACCAAGAUCUACCAGUUCCACCAGAGGAAUGGCUUUGCCUGCGUCCUGCUCUCGGACGGCUGUCAGAUACCACCAGGGGGCUGGGGUCUGGGCUGGGCUCUCAGGUGCCGCGGGUGCCCGGUGCCAUGCCGAGUGACACCAGCACCGAGCAGCGCUGGGCCGUGCCGCGGGUGCCCAGUGCCGAUGCCCGUGCCGUCGCCGCAGGAGGAGCUGUGUAACCACAGCUGGCAGUCGGUGCAGGCCCGGCUGCUGGCGCUGCAGCGGCGCCAGCCCCUGUGCGUGCCGCGCCGGGAGCUGACGGAGCUCGACAUCCACCACCGCAUCCUGCGCUUCCGCAACUACACCGUGGCCAUGGUCAACAAAUCCCUGCUGCCCGUGCGCUUCCGCCUGCCGCUGCUGGGCCCCGUGGUCUUCCUCACGCGCGGCCUGCAGUUCAACCUGGAGCUGCUGCUGUUCCGCGGCCCGGCCGCGCUCUUCCAGAACACCUGGAGCCUGCGGCCGCAGGUGAAGCGGGCGGGCGCGCGGCGGGCGCUGGCGCGGGGGCUGGCGCGGGCGGCCGUGGUGCUGGGGGUGGCCAACCUGGCGCUGUGCCCCUGCGUGCUGGGCUGGCGCCUGCUGCUCGCCUUCUUCAGCUACGCCGAGGGGCUGAAGCGGGCGCCGGGCAGCCUGGGCGCGCGCCGCUGGUCGCUCUACGCGCGCCACUACCUGCGCCACUUCAACGAGCUGGGCCACGAGCUGCAGGCGCGGCUGGGCCGCGGCCACGCGCCCGCCACCAAGUACAUGGACUCCUUCAGCAGCCCGCUGCUGGCCGUGCUGGCUCGCCACGUCGGCUUCUUCGCCGGCUCCGUGCUGGCCGUGCUCAUCGUGCUCACCGUGUACGACGAGGACGUGCUGACGGUGCAGCACAUCCUGACGGCCAUCACGCUGCUGGGGCUCGUGGUCACCGUGGCCAGGUCCUUCAUCCCAGACGAGCACGCGGUGUGGUGCCCGGAGCAGCUGCUGCAGCGGGUCCUGGCUCACGUCCAUUACCUGCCCGAGCACUGGCAGGGCCGCGCCGGCCGCGCCGAGACACGAGCAGAGAUGGCACAGCUCUUCCAGUACAAGGCGGUUUUCAUCCUGGAGGAGCUGCUGAGCCCCCUCGUGACCCCCCUGAUCCUCAUCUUCGCGUUUCCCCCCCGCGCCCUCGACAUCGUGGACUUCUUCCGCAACUUCACGGUGGAGGUGGCGGGGGUGGGCGACAUCUGCUCCUUCGCGCAGCUGGACGUGCGCCACCACGGCAACCCCCAGUGGCUGUCGGAGGGACACACGGAGGCCCCCCCGGAGCGCCAGGCGGAGCACGGCAAGACGGAGCUGUCGCUGAUGCGCUUCGCCCUGAGCAAUCCCCGCUGGCGGCCGCCGCCGCCCGCCCGCCGCUUCCUCGGCCACCUCCAGGCGCAGGUGACCCGCGACGCGGCCACCGCGCCCGCCCCGCGGCACCUGCUGGCCGAGGGGCCGCUGGCCGCGUCCCUGCUGUCCGAGGACUCGGCCCUGGCGCCCGAGGCGCUGGUGACCAGUGUCCUGGCGGCCCGCGACCCGCGCUUUGGGCAGCCCUGCAGCACGGCCAGCGCCACCGCCAGCCUGCUGGCGUCCCUGCGGACCCCCCUGGGGACCCCGCCCUGCGGAGCCCCCGACAGCCCCGCGGAGCACCCCGAGGACAGGCCGGCGCUGAGUGAGUCGCGGCUGCGCAGCCUGAGCCGCUCGGCGCUGCUGGCCGAGGUGGCCUCUGCCGAGAUGAGCCUUCACGCCAUCUACCUGCACCAGCUCCACCAGCAGCAGCAGCAGCAGCCGCAGGGCCCCGGCCCCCAGCCCGCGGGGGCACCCAAACACCCCUUCGUGACCACAGGCUCGGCUGCCCGGGCCUCGCAGCUGCGGGAGAUGCCGCUGGGCGGGUGGGCCGAGGAGGAAGAGGAGGAGGAAGAGGAGACGAUGACGUAGCCGGGCCCGGCGACGGGUCCUGGUUGUGCCGAGACCCCCCGGAGGUGCCGGGGGAGCCACCAGGGGCACAGUGGGGGGCUCGCCGUGCCCACUAUGCUGCCAGGGGGGCCCUGUCUGUAGGAGCCCCCUGCUCGGGGCGUCCCUGGUGCCCCCACUACGGUGCAGGGCCAGGGGUGCUGCCAGGGCCCCCCCAGGUGCUGUUUCUGGGGGGCACAGGGCUGGUGCCCCCCGUGGUGCCCCGAGCACCAGCUGAAAUAAAGGUUUACAGAGGG